AUGCUUCUAAGUAGGGGUGGGAACCUCAGAGUACCUCACGAUACGAUACGAUGCAGCGAGUAUCGAUACAUCGGCUGUAAGGAGUGCUGUGACCGGUGUGUGGGCAGCCUCCCCUGGGCCUCCCUCAUCGCCACCAUCCUGCUGUACAUGGGGGUGGCUCUGUUCUGUGGCUGCGGACACGAGGCCCUCAGCGGGACCGUAACCAUCCUGCAGAACUACUUUGAGGUCUCAGACGACCCUCUCCAUGAGUCCAACACCAAUGGUCUCUGUCGUUCUCCGGUCUCAGUGUCUCUCAGAAACACAGACCUGAUGCUGAGGUCCAGCGACUCUGGGGCCUUCUCCAUCGAGCACUACACAUAA